CACACACACACAGACCCUCACACACACACACACACACAGACCCUCGGCUGAGAGGCGGUCAGUGAGGCCUCGGACUGGACAGACUGUGUGAGCGGCUGAGGGGCCGCGCGGGAGGCGCUAUGGCCGUCCUGUCCCCGCCUCAGCCCAACUACCUCCUGUCUUUGCUUAAAGCCGAUUGUUCAAACAAACCGAUUGCGCAGCGAUGCCAUGACCUGGUGAAGGCGAUGGAAGACUAUUCCCCCAAGGAGCUGCAGGUGGUGUUCCCCUGGUUGGUAGAGAACGUGUUUGGGAGUCUGGACGGCAGCGUUGUGGGUUGGAACCUGCGGUUCCUGUACAGUCGGACACACCCGACCGACUUCAACACCGUCAGCGAGUUUCUGGAUCCCGGUGGGCCGAUGAUGAGGUUGGUUUACAGACUUCAGGCUGAAGACUAUAAGUAUGAAUUCCCAAUCUCCUACCUUCCAGGUCCUGUGAGGGCGUCUAUUCAGGAAGGUGUUCUGCCCGAUUGCCCACUCUACCACAAUAAGCUGCACUUCCCUUUGGUUGGGAUGUCAGCCCUGAGCCUUUCAUUCAAUCCCUUUGAAUAUUACCUGCUGAAUUUCGCCAUUCACCUCAUCGCUCCGAGGAGCUUCCCAGUUGGGCACAUCAGCACCUCAGACAGUGCCUACUUCAUUCUGGUGGACAGGUACCUCAACUACUUCCUGCCCAUGGAGGGCAGUGUCCCCCCAGCACCGUUCAUCUCCGGCUGUGGAGCUGUAUCCCCUCCGGCCCCCAGAGCUCAGACGGUCCCGUUCACAUCCUACACCGGGCCACACACCAGUCUCCUCAAGCGCCAUAUCUCUCACCAGCCCUCGGUCACCACAGACCCGGCCGCACAGGAGAUCUGGCGAUCAGAGAUGCUGCUUCAGAUCUUUGUAGAAAUGUGGCUCCAUCAUUAUUCCCUGGAAUUAUAUCAGAAAAUGCAGUCGCCUCAGGCCAAGUUGGAGGUGCUGCGUUACCGUCUGGGUGUUUGCAGUACUCCGUACAGCACCACAACGCUGCCAGCUCACGGCACCUUCCACACCUACCAAGAGCCCUUCACCCCCACAGAGGAGCACGUCCUGACGGUGCGGCUUCUGAUCAAACACCUGCACUCGUUCUCCUGCUGCCUGAGUGGCCCCGAGACCCCCGGGCCCUCCUCCUCUGCUCACCCGCACACCAACAGCCCCCUAGAGGACUUCAAGAGGCUCGCCAUUCCCCGCUUCGUUCAGCACAAGUUCUACGUAUUCCUGCAGCACUGUUUUGGACAUUGGCCGCUGGACGCCUCCUUCAGAGCUGUGUUGGAGACAUGGCUCAGCUACCUGCAGCCCUGGAGAUAUGCGUCCGAGCGAGUGGCUCACACCCACGAGCAGGCUGACCGCAGUGUGCCUGACAAAUGGGCCCCCUUCGUGCAGGAGAACCUACUGCUCUACACACGGCUGUUCCAGGGCUUUGUGAGCCGGGCCCUGCGCACAGACCUGGUCAGCCCCCGCAACGCGUUGAUGGUUUACCGUGUGGCAAAGGUGUACAGUCAGCCUAACCUCGCCGAGCUGGUCAGUGAAGCCGAGAACCUGCUGCUGGAGCCCGACCACAUCCACCCAUCCCGGCAGCACCGUGCGUACACACCCUCGGCGCUGGGUGGCAGCUUCCUGGCCCCGUGGCAAUCGCCGGUGCCAGACGCCUCCUUCAGGGUGAAGAGUCAUGUCUACAACCUGGAGGGUCAGAACUGUGAUUAUAAACCCAUGUUCGGCACCGAGAUGAGGAGCCUGGUGCUGAAGCUGGCGCAGUUGAUUGCGUUGGCCAAACAGACGGCAAAGUCUAUCUCGAAGCAGAGUGCGGAACAGACAGCUGGAGCGGGGCUGCUGGCAUUGCUGGGAUUGUCCGGUUCCAGUCUUGGCAACGCCGGUUACUGCGGCUCUGACCUGUACGACCUGGGACCCGACGGCAUCAGGAAAACAGACGAGUAUUUGGAGAAGUCGCUGGAGUAUUUGUGCAACAUGUUCCGGUUAAACCCCUCGCAGGUCAGCCAGCUGUCCAGCAGUGUGGGGGCGGCCAGUGAGGAGAGCAGCCAGCCCAGCCUCCCUGACUGUGUGCAGGGAGACCACGGGCUGAUCCUCACCCCACUGGGCAGAUACCAGAUCAUCAAUGGACUGCGGCGCUUUGAGAUCGAGUAUCAGGGAGACCCUGAGCUCCAGCCCAUCCGCAGCUUUGAGAGUAGUGUCCUCGUCCGCCUGCUGUUUAAACUCUCGUCAGCCAUCAACCAGCGAUUCUGUGGUGAGCUGGCUGCGCUGUGCCAGCGGGAGACCUUUGUGGGGAGGCUGAUGAGCUGGUGCCUGGUGCCGCCGGAGCGGAGCAGCAAGGCCCGAUGUAGCCCCCUGACACCUCACUCACCCCCCCAGCCACGGGUCAGCCUGCGAUUCCUGGCCAGUUACCGCACUCUGUCCUCCCUCUGCCUCCUGCUACUCAUCGGCUAUUACUUCAACAUGUGCCCUGCCCUGUCCCUGCUCCUGCUCCUGGGUGGGGGCUUUCUCUACGCUGCCGUGCAGACCCUCCUCACUCAGCACCGGAGGCCACAUCAAUCCUGAUAUUAAUGCCCAAGAAAUUCCUGUUUUUUCUGGUUAGAAAAAUAUUUUUUACGCUGCUUUCUCCACAGCGGAAAUUGUUUUAUAUAAAGUGUCAAAACCAACACUGAGCUUUUGCGAAUUUUGUAUGAAAUUAAACUGGUGACGGUUUUGUAAGAAAGUGGAAUCCUGCGAUCACUUCUGGUGAAGGAGAAAGAACAUGAUAUUCUGCUUAACAAUAAAUAAAUAUUCCCGGAGUGACAGCUCAGACAAGGCCAGAUUUGAUCAGGUCUGAUUUUGUUUGGUGUUGUGCAGUGUGGAGGUGGGCGACAGGUGCCGUUGCCCGUUAUUAGAUGCUGGACCGUGGGAACAGUAUAAGGAAGUUUAAUGCAUAGUGAGGUGAUUUGUACUGUACAGAAACCCACGUGGCGGCUGGUGUGUGUGUGAGCAGCGUGCGGUCACUAGGGGGCAGCACUGGCUCUGUGUUACAGCAUCACAAUAAAACCUUCCGGUAACGAC